AUGCCCUGUACAAGUCCUAAACUCAAUCAACCCCCACAGAGAUGGUCUCCGCCUCCACCAAACUGGUAUAAAGUUAAUGUGGACGGGGCGGUAUUCAAAGAGCUAGGGAGUAUUGACGUGGGGGUGGUUAUUAGAAAUGCUCAAGGAGAGGUGAUGGGGGCGAUGAGCAAGAAAAUCAGCAGACCAAUGGGAGCAAUUGAAGCUGAAGCAAAGGCAUUGGAGGCAGGCAUUUUGUUUGCGUGGGAUCUGGGCCUAAAGAACAUUGUAGUAGAAGGCGACUCAUUGGCAGUAGUUCAAGCUAUUAAAGGAAGUGUCAUCCCUGCAAUCUCUAUUCAAAAGGUAAUUGAAGGUAUCUCUUGGUGGCUUAAGAAGUUUGACAACUGGAAGAUUUCACAUGCAAGAAGAAGCAGCAAUACAGCUGCACAUUCAAUGGCUAAAGAAGCCAAGUUAGUUUUAGAAAGUGUAAUAUAG